CAAAUUUCAAAACAAAUAAAAUAUAGACAUAUAUGCUUUAUUGUUUUUCCAAGAUAGGAUGAUGAAUUUGUCUGAAUCAGCUUCAGCUUCAGCUUCUUCCCAAUUGGGAUAUAGGAGCCCCUCUCUUGGGUUUCACGCCACUGCGUACAACUAUAUAUAAUAUUGCUAAAUUCGUGUACAGGUGGAUUCUCUGUUGUUGAGUGUAUUCUAAUACCUGUCAGUCUUAAUGGUGACCAUUGGAUUAAGCAUUGAGAUUUGAUAUGGCAUGCAACAGACAUUUCUGUCUCAUCAUGUCAACGUCUAUGAGAAGUUCACCUCACAAGCUGAAAAAGCUGCGACAACUGAUCCUUUCAACACUUUGUAUUGUAUGAGCUCUGUUUGAAAUAUUCUCUAGGUUCCUAGCAUCCUGGAUAUUAUUGAUUGAUUGGUUUUUGCUUUGUUUAUAUUUUGGGUUCUUGGGUUUCGGGCCUUGUUUUCUUUUUUCUGUCUUCUUCUUGAACUUGCACUUUGUUCCUAACUUCGGCCAUUUGGCGCGUUGUAUUAUUGUUGUUCUGUUUUUUGGUAGAAGGGUUUUUUCAGUUAGAACUGGUUUAUAUUAUUAUUCUCGUCCAGUUUCUAUGAUAUUCUGCUCGCUCUUAUUAUCAUGUCAAACAAUCUUCAAGGUUGGUUGAAGGUCAUCUAUGUCACUUUUGCCUUCUGUUCAGCUCUCUUUCUUGGUGCUCUCAAAGGUUUAGUUGUGGGUCCUGUGGCUGGUUUGAUUCUGAUAAUCGGGAAUGUUGGGAUAAUUCUUUGGUUGUUUCCUGCACAUGUUGGCUGGACAUUCUAUACUGUAGUAAAGACUAAUAGAUUUGAUACACCACUUAAAGUUGCCAUCAUGUUUGCUCUGCCUGGUUUAUUUGGAAUAUGGUUGGGUUUAAGCAUAGCUGGAAGUGUUCUUGUGGGAUUGGGCUAUGGGUUCUUCACUCCUUGGGUUUCAACUUUUGAGGCCUUUAGACAUGACAAUGAAUCCAAGAAAUUCUUCCACUGUUUAGUGGAUGGGACCUGGGGAACUAUUAAAGGAAGCUAUACUAUAGUCACAGAUUUUGCUGAUAUAUGUUAUCAUUCAUUUCCCAAUUACUUGAAGGAAUUGCGGGAGUCCCCUCAAUCAAAUGAGCUUAAAACUCUAAGGUUGAUUCAUGUGCCUGGAUGUAUAAUUGUUGGACUGAUGGGAUUAGUUGUGAAUAUUCCUUUGUUCACUGUAAUUGCUUUAGUCAAGAGUCCAUAUAUGUUGUUCAAGGGUUGGUUUCGGCUGACAAAUGAUCUUAUCAGCCGCGAGGGACCAUUUCUGGAAACAGCUUGCAUCCCCAUUGCUGGUUUGACAAUCCUUUUGUGGCCAAUUGUUGUUGUUGGAAGCAUUGUAGUGGCGAUUGUCUCGAGCAUCUUUAUUGGGUUGUAUGGAUCAGCAAUAGUAUACCAGGAAAGAUCAUUUCACAGAGGUGUAGCUUAUGUCUUCGCAAUGGUUGCAGAAUUUGACGAGUAUACAAACGAUUGGCUCUAUCUAAGAGAGGGGACUAUCCUUCCAAAGCCCCAUUACCGGAAAAAACCGACCUACCAUUCAUCUGAACUGUCUGUUGGAGAAACUCGUGCAGGUGAUAGAAAUUUCAGUCCUGUUCCUAUGGAAGCACCCGCAAUGCUUGUCCCAAGCUUAGUUCACUCAAGAUCAGUAAGGGAGGCAAUACAAGAAGUGAAAAUGGUGCAGAUAUGGGGAAACAUGAUGAGAUCCUGCGAAAUGAGGGGGAGAGAAUUAUUGGAUGCUAAUGUUAUAACACCGCAUGACCUGUAUGAGUCGUUAAAGCCGAAAAACGGCAAUGAAGGAGUCAUUAUAAGUGUUGGUUUGCCUUGUUAUACAUUCUUGCAGACCAUCCUUUACUCCAUCAAAGCUGGUUCUGCCGGUUUGUUGCUGUUCGAUAAUUUUGAAGUAAACUAUCUGAAUAGACCAAAGGACAUAUUGUUAGACUGGUUCUUUCAUCCUAUAAUGGUCCUCAAAGAACAAAUUAAUGUCAUAAAGUUAGGAGAGGGUGAAGUGAAGUACUUGGAGAGAGUUGUUCUUUUCGGAAACAAUACACAGCGAAUGCAGGCUUGGGAGAAUGGCAGUUUGGUACCUGAAGAUGCUCUCAGAGCUGCUCAAAUCCAAGGCAUCAGUAGAAGGAUGAUAGGAAUGGUUCGAAGUGUGUCAAAGUUUCCGACUUAUCGAAGGACGUUUCGACAUAUUGUGAAGGCUUUGAUCUCGUAUUCGGAAGAGGGGAUGAACGCCAGCUUAUCCAAUUCCAAUAGAUCAGUUGGCUCCAUGGAAAAUGUUUAGGAUUAGAUACUUUGGUGUAAAUACUUGGUAGUUUGUGUAUUCAAUGAUACAAAAACUGAGUAUAGUUGGAAAGCAAUAGUCUGAAUGUUUGAAAUCAUGGUUAUUAAGAUUAUACAUAAUACGUAUCAUACUUUAUGA